AUGGCCUCCAAUGCACACCAAUAUCCGCUGGUCAAGCUGCCACAUCCAUACUUGACCUCAUAUCGUGUCAACACUGUCGGGGGAUCGACACCCGCUAAGCGCACCCUGACACUCGAUGAACAACCCACCAAUGGCCGAUCGUUGCCCAAAUCAUUGCAUUCAGAUGCGCUGUCCUGGCUCGACUUGACGUUCAUCCCCAAGACCGAACAACCGCCUAUCUCAGAUAACACGCCCUGGGGCCGCGCCCGUCGCAGUGCGCAGACCGUUUUCCAAUGGACGGGAAGCUCUGCGCCAUCUCUGGCGCAAAUUUGGAAUGUCGUCCACGCAAUCUAUCUCGGCCACCCAACAAUUGAAUAUUUCCGAUUGACCUUGUCAGGAACAGGAAACGAAGUUAUUCAAGAAGAGCUCCUGAACACAGGGCUGGCAAUCAAACACCCCAGGAACCUCCGGGACCGCGAAAACAAGGCUCUGCAAUUCGAUGAGCUGCUGGUCCUCCGCAGCGCCUUCUGGCAAGGCGCUGCCUCCCCAAUGGGUCCGCGUCCCAUUUGGGUCGUGGGAGACGGCACAGACGGUCCUCUGCGCGAGCCGCUCUCGCAGUUCCCCGUCAUGCCGGAGAACUACCAGAUCACAAACAAGUUCCCCGAAGAGCCCGUGUAUACGCGUCACCCUACCCGUCGCCCCAAGCCACACCCCGGGUCCAUUGCGUACAGUCGCUACAUCCCCGAGAUCAAUGAGCACUUCUCACUUGAGGUGGUGGACUGGGAGAGCGCCGAGCACGUUCAACUCUUCAACAAAUGGCAGAAUGACCCCCGAGUUGCCGCCGGCUGGAACGAGACUGGAACCAUCGCAGAGCACACUGAGUAUCUGCGCAAAUUGCAUUUCGAUCCCCAUGUGCUGUGCCUGUUUGGCCGCUUCAACGAUACCCGCUUCUCCUACUACGAGCUUUACUGGUCCAAGGAGGACCACUACGGAGCGCACUACGAUGCCGGCGACUACGAUCGCGGUCGUCACUCGCUCGUCGGUGACUCGAGCUUCCGAGGCGCUCACCGCGUGAAUGCCUGGUACUCCAGCUGCAUUCACUACGUGUUCCUGGACGACCCACGGACCGCCAAUGCGGUGGGCGAGCCCAAGGCCACCGGUGCUACUAUUCUCUCCUACGAGAACGCCCAGGGCUUGACUAUCGGCAAAUACGUCGACCUCGGACAUAAGCGCUCGGUGCAUUCCAUCUGCAGUCGCGAAAAGUGGUUCCAGCUGUGUCCUCUCUUCUGGGACGGACGCGAGCGGCCUUUGGAAUCCGCCGACCGCGCGGCGUGGAACGCCAAGCUGUAG